UUUUAUAUGCUAUGUGAUAUAAAUAUCCUAGCCUAUCCUAUUCUGCCCGCCACGCACAAUUUAAUGUUGUGUGCUUGCUCAAAUCAACGAAAACGAUAAUACAUACGUGGAUCGAACGAAACGAUUUUAAUUAUAUGAUAUUACAACCGUAAAAAAAAAAUAUGACCGUCACCAACAAGCAUUCCAAACUGUUUAUAUGCGCGAUCGGUAUAUUUGUGUGUUAUUUCUAUUUCGGCAUGUUGCAAGAGAAAAUCACGCGCGGACAAUACGGCGACAGAGAAAACCGGGAGAAAUUUACAUAUAUGUUCGCACUGGUUUUUGUCCAAUGCUUAGUGAACUAUGUAUUCGCCAAAACUAUUCUACUAACAGUGAUGAAACAGGGCGAGGAUGCUACAUCAACGCUGUAUUACAUCCUAUCAGCUCUAACAUAUCUACUCGCCAUGGUAUGCAGUAACAUGGCAUUGCAAUUUGUCAGUUAUCCAACGCAGGUGAUCGGCAAAGCUGGCAAGCCCAUACCUGUGAUGAUACUCGGCGUGCUAUUAGGGAAAAAAAUAUAUCCAAUUAGAAAGUACAUAUUCAUUCUCUUAAUAGUCAUUGGAGUUGCGUUAUUUAUGUAUAAAGAUGGUAGUGUCUCUAAGAAACAGUCGGAAUCAUAUUUGUCAGUUGGAGAAUUAUUGUUGCUACUAUCACUAACAAUGGAUGGGUUAACGAGCGCAGUGCAGGAACGAAUGAGAGCGGAAUACAAGUCAAAAUCAGGUCAUAUGAUGCUCAACAUGAAUCUCUGGUCUCUUAUUUUUAGUGGCACAGUGAUUGUUAUUUCUGGAGAGCUCUUUGAUUUUAUUCAUUUUCUACAACGAUAUCCCUUUACUAUAUGGCACAUAACAACAUUUUCCAUAGCUGGUGCAUUUGGACAAUAUUUCAUAUUUCUGACAGUAGCUGAAUUUGGUCCGUUACCAUGUUCGAUUAUAACUACUACUAGAAAAUUUUUCACAGUGUUGGGCUCUAUAUUAAUUUUUGGCAAUAAUCUUUCUCCUAGACAAUGGUUAAGUACAUUUAUAGUAUUUUCAGGUUUAUUUUUGGAUGUUAUGUAUGGUAAAGAUAAGAAAAGUACUACAAGAUAAAAUGUGAUUAUUCAAUAUUUAUUUAGGCAAUUGUUUAAACAUAUACUUCCAACCUUUAAGUUAUUUUUUUUGUAUUUAAAACACACACACACACAUAUAUA